CUGAGAGAGCAAGCACCUCCCAAGCUGUCCUGAUGGAAGGAGAGACAGUCUCUGAGGCCAGGGGAGCAGGCAGCAAAGCCACUCGGAUCGCCCUCGGUGUCUUUGUGAGCGGCACUGUCGUGCUUGGCACCGCUCUUUUCUUGGUUAGCCAAGGUCUUAUAAAGUUUCAUCCGAAGCAACAGUACUGUUUGACUGCAGAAUGCAUUGAAGCUGCUGCUAGCAUCCUGAGCAAGAUAAAUCAAUCUGUAGAUCCAUGUGAGAACUUCUAUCGAUUUGCAUGUGAUGGCUGGAUAGAUAAUAACCCCAUUCCUGAAGAUAUGUCCAACUAUGGUGUUUAUCCCUGGCUGCGACACAAAGUGGACCUCAAACUAAAGGCAUUGUUAGAGAAACCCAUCAGCAAAAGACGAGACAGUGAAGCUGUACAGAAGGCAAAGAUCCUUUAUGCAUCCUGCAUGAAUGAGGAUAAAAUUGAAAAAGCCGAUGUGAAACCCCUGUUAAGUAUCCUGAAGCAUUCACCCUUCCGCUGGCCUGUGCUGGAAUCCAACAUUGGACCUGAAGGGCUGUGGUCAGAGAGGAGGUUCAGCCUGGUCCAAGCCUUGGCAGCUCUGCGUGGCCAAUACAGCAGCUCUGUCUUCAUCCGUCUGUAUGUGGCUGCUGAUGACAAAAUCUCCCACCGCUACAUCCUGAAGCUUGAUCAAGCAAGCCUCUCUCUGUCGUCUCGAGAGGAUUACCUAGAAAAUACCACAGAAGCCAAAUCUUACCGAGAUGCCUUUUUGAAGUUCAUGGUUGAUACAGCAGUGCUGCUGGGUGCAAAUGCCUCCCGAGCUGAAUCUGAUAUGAAAUCAGUUCUAAAACUGGAAGUUAAAAUAGCAGAGAUCAUGAUUCCAUAUGAAAACCGGACAAGUGAGGUGAUGUACAAUAAAAUGAACAUAUCAGAGCUUAGUGCCAUGAUUCCACAGUUUGACUGGCUGGGAUACAUCAAGAAGGUGAUUGACACCAAACUCUAUCCUGAGCUUAAAGAUAUAGGUCCUUCAGAAAAUGUGAUUGUCCGUGUUCCCCAAUACUUCAAAGAUUUAUUCAGGAUACUAGAAAAUGAAAGGAAAAAGACUCUUGCCAAUUACCUGGUAUGGAGGAUGGUUUAUUCAAGGUUAUUUAACCUCAGUAGACGCUUUCAGUAUCGGUGGUUGGAAUUUUCUCGGGUGAUCCAUGGGACUACAACUUUGCUGCCCCAGUGGGAUAAAUGUGUGGACCUUGUAGAAAAUGCCCUCCCCUACGUUGUGGGUAAGAUGUUUGUGAAAGCCCAUUUUAAAGAAGACAAGAAAGAGAUGAUGGAGGAAUUGACUGAAGGAAUUCGCUGGGCUUUUAUUGACAUGUUAGAAAAGGAGAACGACUGGAUGGACUCUGAAACAAAAAGAAAAGCUCAUGAGAAGGCAAAAGCAGUUAUGGCGAAAGUUGGGUACCCUCAGUUUAUAAUGAAUGACACAUAUAUUAAUGAAGACAUCAAAACACUGAAGUUUACAGAAAGUGAUUAUUUUGGCAAUGUAUUGCAAACUCGCAAAUAUGCAGCCCAAUCUGAUUUCUACUGGCUUAGAAAAGAAGUUCCAAAAACAGAAUGGUUUACAAGCCCAACUACUGUAAAUGCUUUUUAUAGUGCAUCUACCAACCAGAUCCGAUUCCCAGCAGGAGAACUUCAAAAGCCUUUCUUUUGGGGAACAGAGUAUCCUAGGUCAUUAAGUUAUGGUGCCAUAGGAGUGAUUGUUGGCCAUGAGUUUACUCAUGGAUUUGAUAGCAAUGGUCGGAAAUAUGACAAAAAUGGAAAUUUAGACCCUUGGUGGACGACUGACUCUGAAGAAAAAUUUAAAGAGAAAACAAAAUGCAUGAUUAAUCAAUACAACAAUUACUACUGGAAACAAGCUGGCUUACAUGUGAAAGGGAAGAGAACUUUGGCAGAGAACAUUGCAGAUAAUGGAGGUCUGCGAGAAGCUUUCAGGGCAUACAGGAAAUGGAUUACAGAAAAGAGGGGAGGAGAAGAAGAGCCUUUACUGCCAGGCCUUGAGUUCACACACAACCAGCUUUUCUUUCUGAGUUAUGCCCAUGUAAGAUGCAAUGCCUUUAGACCGGAAUCUGCGAGGGAGCAAAUAUAUACUGGAGCUCACAGCCCUCCUCAGUUCAGAGUGAUCGGAUCCAUGAGCAACUUUGAGGAGUUCCGCAAGGCGUUCAACUGCGCGGCGAACACGACGAUGAACCGCGGGGCGCAGUCCUGCCGGCUCUGGUAGCUGUC